AUGCUUCACACCAUUCACUGGCUGUGGAGGUUGUCGAACCUUGCCUCCUCUUCAUUUCUGCCAGAAGUUCCGACUUUGCGACGAACUUAUGCUUCCGUGACUGACCUGUCGAACUAUCCCAAGCCUGGAGAUCAGCUACACGGAUUUACCUUGAAGCGUGCUAAACACGUUCCGGAACUCGAACUUACUGCUCUUCAGUUCACUCACGAGCGUACUGGUGCUGACUAUCUGCACAUUGCCCGAGACGACCAGAACAAUGUCUUCUCUAUUGGCUUCAAGACGAACCCUCCGGAUGCCACUGGAGUCCCUCAUAUCCUGGAACACACCACUCUUUGCGGCAGUCAGAAGUUCCCUGUCCGCGACCCCUUCUUCAAGAUGCUGCCGCGAUCGCUCUCCAACUUCAUGAACGCCUUCACCUCGUCCGACCAUACCACAUACCCAUUCGCCACGACAAAUGCGCAAGACUUCAAGAACCUCAUGGGUGUCUAUCUCGAUGCUACCCUACACCCUCUUCUUAAAGAGCACGACUUUACCCAAGAAGGAUGGCGUCUUGGUCCAGAGAACCCCCAAGCCGAAAAUCCUUCUUCCGACGACAUCAUCUUCAAAGGCGUUGUAUACAACGAAAUGAAGGGUCAGAUGUCUGACUCGCAAUAUCUAUACUACAUCCGCUUCCACGAGAACCUGUUCCCUGCCAUCAACAACUCUGGCGGCGAUCCUCAAAAGAUGACCGAUCUAACCUACGACCAGCUCAAGAAGUUCCAUGCCGACCACUACCAUCCUAGCAACGCAAAGGUCCUGACUUACGGUAACCUGCCUCUUACUGACCACCUUCAGUCUAUCGGCAAGGAGCUGGACAACUUUUCGCGCAUCUCGAUAGACUCGGACAUCAAGGUUCCCGAAAGCCUCGACAGUGGACCUCGCUACAUCACCGUCAAGGGCCCUCUAGAUCCUCUGAACCCUGCCGAUUCUCAGUUCAAGACCUCUGUUACCUGGCUGAUGGGAGACACAUCUAAUGUUCUCGAGAACUUCUCGCUCUCCAUAAUCUCCUCAUUGUUGAUGGACGGCUAUGGCUCACCUCUCUACCGCAACCUUAUCGAAGCUGGACUUGGCCCUGAUUUCUCUCCAAACACCGGAUUCGAUGGUUCUGGCAAGCGCGGUGUGUUCUCCGUCGGUCUGAAUGGUGUCAAGCAGGAAAAUGUACCCAAGGUCAAGGAGGCCGUCAUGGAAACCUUGCGUCAGGUUAGAGAGAAGGGUUUCGACCAAUCAAAGAUUGAUGGUAUUCUGCACCAGCUCGAGCUCAGCCUGAAGCACAAAACCGCAAACUUUGGCAUGUCGAUUAUACAACGAUUGAAGCCUGGCUGGUUCAAUGGUGUAGAUGUCUUUGAUGCUCUGGCAUGGCAACAGACUGUUGAUACUUUCAAGGCAGAGUGUGCGAAGGGUGGCUAUCUCGAGGGCUUGUUGGAGAAGUACUUGUUGAACGACAAUACUCUGACAUUUACCAUGGAGCCUUCUGCAACUUAUGGUGAGGAUCUUCUCGCGGAGGAAGCGCAAAGACUCGCAUCGAAGAAAGCAGAGGCCGAGAAGAUGUUUGGCUCCAAGCAGGAGGCUUACGAUCAGCUGAAGAAGAGAGAGCUUGAGCUCGUCGAACAACAAAUGCAGGAGCAGGAUCUGAGCUGUCUGCCGUCCGUCCACGUCAAGGACAUUCCUCGCACCAAGCCUAUCACUGAAACCCGUCAAGGCUCGCUCAACAAUGUCCAGGUGCAAUGGAGAGAAGCCCCAACGAACGGUCUGACUUACUUCAGAGCCCUCAGCAUCUUCAAGGAUCUACCCACAGAGCUGCGCACAUUUGUGCCACUGUUCUGUGAUGCACUCAUGCGCAUUGGAACCAAGACCAAGUCGAUGGAAGAGAUCGAGGAUCUCAUCAAGCUCAAGACUGGUGGCGUCUCAUUCGGUUACCACGCAUGUACAUCUCCUACUGACACCAAGGUCUGCGAAGAGGGCUUGAGUCUGUCCGGAUUUGCCCUCGACCAGAACGUCCCCGCCUUGUAUGACCUGAUUCGAACAAUCGUUCUGGAAACUGACUUCGAUGGACCUAAGGCUAAAGCCUCUCUCCGCGAGUUGGUUCAAAGUGCUGCUAGUGGUGGUGUUGAUACAAUCGCCGAGUCAGGGCACGCCUAUGCUAGACGUGUCGCUGAGGCUGGUAUCAGCCCACACGGCAGUUUGCUCGAGCAGACUGGAGGUAUCAGCCAGAUCAAGCACAUGGUCUCGCUCGCAUCCCUUCCCGAGAUUGGCGACGACAUCAUCCAGCCACUGAAGGCCAUUCAGCAGCUCAUUGCAGCCAAUCUAUCUAACAUGAGAGUCGCUAUCACUUGCGGUGCCGAGUCUACCAGCAUCAACGAGGCUGCUCUCGAAGGCUUCCUCAGCAGCACUUUCUCAUCGUCUGAAUUGUCAUCUCAAUCGCAGUCGGGCCUGACGCUGACUCGCAACGUCAAGUCAUUCUACCCUCUCCCAUACCAGGUCUACUACUCUGGUCUUGCCCUUCCCACGGUUCCUUAUACUGAUUCUUCGGGGGCGCCAUUGGCAGUUCUCGCACAAUUGCUCACACACAAGCAUCUGCAUCGUGAGAUUCGUGAGCGUGGUGGCGCAUACGGAGGUGGAGCCUAUUCUCGCGCACUAGAUGGCGUGUUCGGAUUCUACUCUUACCGCGACCCCAACCCCGAAAACACCAUCAAGGUGUUGGACCAGGUUGGCCAGUGGGCAGUGGAUAGAAAGUGGAGUGACCGCGACCUCGAAGAUGCCAAGCUGUCUGUCUUCCAAGCACUAGAUGCUCCUAGAAGUGUUAGUGAAGAGGGCAUGACCAGAUUCGUGAGCGGAGUGACGCCAGACAUGGAGCAGACACGACGACAGCAGCUCUUGGACGUGACACAGGAACAGGUGCGCGAUGCUGCGGAACGAUUCUUAGUGAAGGGCAUGUCCAAUAGCAGCAUGGCGGUUCUCGGUGCACGCAAGAGCUUCGUCGAUGAGGCACAAGGGUGGAAGGUGCAGGAGAUUGGGCUAGGUGGUGGAGCUGCUGGCGAGGUAGAGGCUGAGGCAGAGAUUGCCGCAGCGGCAGCGUGA